AAGUGAUGUAUCCUUAUUAAAACAAGUGGUUUAGCACGCGUGCGCAAUAGCAUCUUCCGUCCGCUGUGUUGUGGAAAUGGUGGAGAAGAAAACUUCAGGUGAUGGUUGACCACAGGUCACUGAAACUGUGGAAAGCAAAACGCCAGAUAAGGAGGAACUACUGUAUUGGUAGAAGAUGUAGGGGCCAAGGGCUUGGUGACUAGGAUGAGAUCAGAGAACCGUGGCUCCACACCCAAUGGACAUCAUCCAUACACUGCCCAGAGCUGAGGUCACCCCAGCUUCUCUCUACUCUGUGCCUCCCUUAACUCUUCUGGCCCUGCCCCAUCUAGUUCGCUCCCAGGAUCCUGGACAGCGGCGGGUGCUGGACAGGGCAGCCCGACAGCGCCGCAUCAACAGGCAGCUUGAGGCCUUAGAGAAUGACAACUUCCAGGAUGACCCCCACGCAGGACUUCCCCAGCUCGGCAAGAGACUGCCUCAAUUUGAUGAUGAUGCAGACACUGGAAAGAAAAAGAAGAAAACCCGAGGUGAUCAUUUUAAACUCCGCUUCCGAAAAAACUUCCAGGCCUUGCUGGAGGAACAGAACCUGAGUGUGGCUGAGGGCCCCAACUACCUGACAGCAUGUGCGGGACCCCCAUCUCGACCCCAGCGCCCCUUCUGUGCUGUCUGCGGCUUCCCCUCCCCAUACACCUGUGUCAGCUGUGGUGCCCGGUACUGCACUGUGCGCUGUCUCGGCACCCAUCAGGAGACCAGGUGCCUAAAGUGGACUGUGUGAGCCUGGGUUUCCUUGGAGAGGAAGGCCCUCUGUGCAUCGCCCUGGCCUUGUAGAAGACAUCACCAAAAAGAAAAGUGCUCCUCUGGACCAAGAGAGGAGCUGUUCACUGGCCCAGUAGAGCUCAGUGUUACCCCCAGGGAUGUAGGCCAGCCCUCAGGGUGCUGUCGUGAGGAGGCAACUGCCUGUUUGGUCACAUGGUGUUUUGGGGUGAGGGUGAUGGGUCACUUGUUUCUCCUGCUCACUGCUCUGUGUCUUCUUAAUUGUCAUUCACCCUUCCCACUCUCUUCCUUUCUGGGUCCUUGACCACAAAAGAUUUUGUCCCAUUCUCCUGCCACCCCCACCUCCCUACAUUUCUUGGCUGCUUUAUAUCACCUUUUUGGUUAUCGAUUUAGUUUAUUUGUUUUUGCUUUUUGCUUCUCUAGUUCCUCUGAGUAUUUUUCGAGUACAGCUUGGUCCCAGGACUGGUGACAGAGAAGGAGAGUGAGGGUUGGGGACAGGGGUACAGAUUGUUAUGCGGAAGGAGCCAGCCCUAUUUUCAUCCUCUAAUACUCAACCAAAUGAGAUUGAUUGGGUUCUUAUCCUUGGUAUGACCAGUAUGAGGGAACAGUUGUCUUGAGGAAGCUUUUUUUAUUAGGGUCUGUGGUAUGUGAAAUUAUUAGCAGAGAAAACUCAGAAGUUUCUGAGAAGCGUGGGGGGAAUUUAUGGUAUAGAGGCUCCUGUUCUUGGUGGUCCUGCAUGCUGUAACUCUUGUGUGAUACUAGAUCUUACACCCACACCUUUUCUAAAUGGGUUGUGAGCUAUAAGCACAUAAGCUUGUUGGAGUUGCUCUCCUAGUUGCUGAGUGCCCUGUUAGAACAUAGCCAAGCAGGUGCUUAGGAAGUAUUUGUUGAUCAAACAAUUUCAGUAGGAUAUUAAUGAUAUCCAGCAAAGUCAGUGUCAGGCACCUUCUUAGGCUCUUCUUCCCACUUUGGGUGACUUUCUUAGGGCUGGCUCAAAUGUCCUCCUUCUGGAGGAACUGCUUGCCCUUUCUCGGGAGACUUGCAGUUGGGCAAGUGGUGUUGGUGACAGCUUUGUGUUGAAUGGUGGUGAGGACAGGGUUAGAGACAAUCCUAAGUGUGGUGGUUUUAAAAGAUGUCUGUAAUGUUUUUGACUGUUCUUCCAUUGGAGGCGGGGUCUUUGUCUCCUUCCUCUGGGAUCUGGGCAAGCUUAUAACUACUUUGAUCAGUAGAGAGUGGCAGAAGUGAGACCAUGUGACAUUCAAGGCUAGGUGGUAAAAGGGAGUGCAGCUUUUGCCUCGUCCCUAGGACACUUGCUUUUGGAGCCCACAGAAAUCCAACUGUCCCAAAGCUGCCAUGCUGUGAGGAAGCCCGGGCUAUUCAGAGAGGCUACAUGCAGGUGACAGGUCCAGCUGACCAAGCCUUCAAGCCAUCCCAAUGCAGGCUUCCAAUCAUAGGAGUAAAGAUGCUCCUGAUGAUUCUAGCCUGCAGGCACCAAGUCACCCUCAGCCAUUCGAGUCUUCCUAGCUGUGUCUUCAACAUCAUGGAGCAGACACAAACUAUCUCUGCUGUACCCUGUGUAAUUCCUGACCUUCAGAAUCUUUGUGUAUAAUAAAAAGGUUAAUGCCAGUGA